UUGGGUAUCUAUUUCCAUGCUGCUGCUAGUCUCGGCGAAGGCGAGGGAUCGGCCGGUAGAGAGAGAAAAUCACGAAGCUUUGGUUCGAGAAGUAUGGAAGCGGAGAAAUUGAGAGAAGAGGAAGAGAUGUUGAAGAGAGAGAUUGUACUGACAGUGAUGAAAAUAGUGAGCACGAGAUUGCCUCAGAGAGAUCUCGUCACUCUCCUUCUCGUGAGCCCUUGGCUUUACCGUACCCUCGUCUCAUACCCUUCAAUCUGGCUGACAAUCGAUUUGCGCGAGAUGACCAAUGCCGGGGAUCGGCUCCUAGCUGCUCUUUCCUUGCCAAGAUAUCGGCAAGUGAAACAAAUUAACCUUGAAUUCGCUCAGGGUAUUGAUGACAAGCAUCUUGAACUUGUGAAGAAGAAGCAGUGCCGAGAUGCUCUUUCAAACUUAGAUUGCUUAAACCUGAAUGGAUGCCAAAAGAUCUCGGACAAAGGGAUCGAAGCUAUAACUAGCAUAUCUCCUAAGCUAAAAGUUUUCUCUAUCUAUUGGAAUGUGAGGGUGACUGAUAUUGGCAUUAAUCAUCUGGUGAAGAACUGCACACAUAUUGUUGACUUGAAUCUUAGUGGUUGCAAGAACCUAACAGACAAAAGUAUGCAGCUAGUAGCUGAAACUUAUCAAGAAUUAGUGUCCCUGAACCUCACCAGGUGUGUCAAAAUUACGGAUGAUGGAUUGCUUCAAGUGCUACUCAAAUGCUCGUCUCUCCUGAGUUUAAAUCUUUAUGCUCUUUCAAGCUUUACAGACAAAGUCUACAGGAAUAUAUCUCUUCUAGCCAACCUAAGGUUCUUAGAUCUAUGUGGUGCCCAGAAUUUAUCGGAUGAAGGGCUUGCUCUUAUAGCUAAAUGCGACAAGUUAGUGUCUCUCAAUUUGACAUGGUGUGUGCGUAUCACAGAUUCAGGUGUCAUUGCCAUUGCUAACAGUUGCACCUCACUUGAAUUUCUUAGCUUGUUUGGAAUAGUAGGAGUGACUGAUAAAUCUCUGGAGACCCUCUCCAAGACCUGCUCGAAUACUAUCACGACUCUUGAUGUUAACGGUUGCAUCGGCAUUAAGAGACGGAGUCAUGAAGAAUUGCUUCAACUGUUCCCUCGGCUGACAUGCUUCAAAGUGCACAGCUAACUUGCUGCUAUUCUAGGACUCUCAACAAAUGUAUUACCUCGUACCAAACCAAAGGUAACAUGGUGAAUGGAAGGGAGGCUCAUAGCAAGGUUGGUGUCCACUCUGAACCCUAAGGAUGGAUCAUCUCUGUCCUGGACAAGGGUACAUAGACAUCUAUCUCUUGGUCUGGCCUUUGAUUUCUUCCUUUCUAUCUCAAGUGUGCUGCAGCAUGAGGGUCUGGAGUCAUCCCUUUAUUUUCCUAGCAAACAUCAUCAACGUUGUUACCCACAUAGAAUCAACAGCUGUUGAGUUUGAUUGUAACCCAUGAGUCUAGACGCUGGUUUGUGGACAAAAGUUGCUCAGUACCCAAUAUAUAUGCCAAAGUUCACAUUACAUUCAGA